UUGCGUUUACAGGAAGUGGCGUCAGAAUCCUCGUCGUCAUCACGUUACAUUUUUGUCCCAGCGCUGUACAGCUGGCAAAACAAUUCCCACAAACCAUUUUAAUAUCAAACUACAAUGAGCACCAGACUCAAACUAUAGAUAGUAACGUCUUGAUGCUCUAAAGUUUCUGCUUAUAUUCCUGUUCCGGUGUGUACAAAACAAUGUCGGCAUCACAAGGAAGCAAAAACACGAACACGGAACCAUGGGGUGGAUUUGAUGACAACAUUAUCCAGGGCAGCGGCUCGGCCGUGGUAGACAUGGAGAAUAUGGACGACACCUCCGGUUCCAGCUUUGAGGACAUGGGGGAGAUGCAUCAGCGCAUGAAGGAGGAGGAGGAGGUGACCGCCGAGGCAGCCGCUACAGAGGAAGACAACGGAGAAUAUGGAGAAUUCCUCGGGAUGAAGGGCUUGAAGGGACAGCUGGGCAGACAGGUUGCUGAUGAGGUAUGGCAGGCAGGAAAGCGACAGGCCUCAAAAGCUUUUAAUCUCUACGCCAAUAUUGACAUUCUCCGGCCGUACUUUGAUGUGGAACCUAUUCAAGUCAGAAACAGGUUGGUCGAAUCCUUGAUCCCAGUCCGAAUGAUCAACUUUCCACAGAAAGUUGCAGGAGAGCUGUACGGACCAAUGAUGCUGGUCUUCACACUGGUGGCUAUUCUGCUCCAUGGCAUGAAGACAUCAGGAACCGUCAUUAGAGAGGGAACGCUGAUGGGCACUGCCAUUGGAACCUGUUUUGGAUACUGGCUGGGAGUGUCCUCCUUCAUCUAUUUCCUUGCUUACCUGUGCAACGCUCAGAUUACCAUGCUGCAGAUGUUGUCUUUGCUAGGUUAUGGUCUCUUUGGCCACUGUGUGGUCCUUUUCAUCACUUACAAUGUCCACUUCCACUCGCUCUUCUACAUUCUCUGGCUGGUGAUUGGAGGACUCUCUACUCUACGCAUGGUGGCUGUGCUCAUCUCCCGUACCGUUGGUCAGACUCCUCGCCUCAUCCUGUGCGGCACACUGACUGCUCUUCACAUGCUCUUCCUGCUCUAUCUGCACUUUGCUUACCAUAAGAUGGUUGAAGGCAUUCUGGAUACCUUGGAAGGACCCAACUUUCCACCCAUCCAGAGAGUGGCCAGAGAUGUCCCUGUUGUUGCAAAUGCUGUUGUGAAUGCAACCAUCAAGUCAAUAGCUGCACUUGUACAGUCACAGUGAUCAUAUAUUGGGCUUCUGGGUUGGUCACAGUCCAGCGAGGCUGGUGUACAUAUAUAGGGUCAGGGCAAAACAAAAUCAUGGGGCGCACCUUAGGUCUGAGUUCAGUUUGUAUCUCAUAUAUUGUUCCUGACGCCGUCAAACGGACCCAAAAGGAUGCUUUUAGGUCAAGAUGGCUUCACUUCACUUUGGCUCAUUAAUAUGAGACAUCAGUUUUGGCACACUAUCCCAUUCACUGUACACUUGUCUUAAUCAUUUUUAUUGCUAAGAGUUACCUAUGACCUGCUAAUGUUAGAAGGGUUUGGUUUAUUCAGAUUAUGUGUGGAUUCCUUAAGGAUGCUGAUAAUAAUAACUGAGAUUAUUCUUCACAAUGUUUUGUAAAACCCUGCUGUCAUUAAAUGCAGCUGUAUGUUUGUGCUCGUUAAGAGUGCACUGUCAAUUACUGAGACAGCUAAUGACAUCACACAACACUUCUGUUUUUAGAUCUUGUUGCAUAACUUUUUUUUUUUUUUUUAGAUAUUUUUGAAAAGGAAGUCUUCUUCAAGACUCGGUAAAGAAGUCUGUCUUGAUCGGAAGGCAAAGUGUAUAGAUAAAGAAAAGAAAUAUUUUAUUUGAAGAUGAGAAAGGUUGUUAUGGUGCAUGCAGUCUUUUUUUCCUGAUCCACAUUUAACCAGCCAUUGUGCUGCAGUCUGAUUCCUGCUAUUAAAGCUAUGGUUGGGUGUGAGGGUUUUCUGUGCUCUCUCAUUAUGUUGUCUUUUACAUGUGAGCUUAUUUAAAGGGUCCUUGUAAAGAGAAAAUAAAGAAAUGCUGUUGUCCUUA